CUGGUAAUGGCAUCAGUGGAGCUAAGCUUCUAACAGCAAACAGCAAACAGUUUUGCAACAGUUCUUCCAAUUGUUCCAUUCAACUCUAAAAAAGGAUCUUCGUCUCUAGUUCACCAUGCGCUACGCUCUGGUCUUUGUGCUUCUCUGUGGCCUGAUGUUCGCCUUCACCUCGGCUGGACUGCUCGGCGGCGGCGGCGGUGGCGGUGGCUAUGGCGGUGGUGGCGGUGGCGGCAAGGGAGGCGGCGGUGGCCAAGGAGGCGGCUAUGGCGGUGGCGGCAAGGGAGGCGGCGGCGGUCAAGGAGGCGGCUAUGGCGGCGGUAAGGGAGGCGGCGGCGCCGGUGGACAGGGAGGCUGGCAGAAGAACGGCGGCGGCGGCGGUGGAGGCGGCGGUUAUGGCGGUGGUGGCGGAGGCGGUGGCAAAUCCUUGGCUGGCAAUCGCGGCAGCUCGGUGUCCUGGCAGGGCGGUAAUGCCGGCGGCGGCGGCGGUGGCAAACAUGGCGGCGGAGGCGGCGGUGGAGGCGGUGGCAAGCACGGCGGCGGUGGCGGAGGAUACGGUCCUGGCGGUGGCGGCGGCGGUGGUGGCAAGCAUGGCGGUGGCUGGUAAACAGCAGCAUCAGCAGCCAACACACAACACAACACAACAGAAACCACUUCAGCACAAAACUCACUUCACAGACAGAGAACUGCAAG